AUCUUUUGUAUACCUUGAGGGCCCUUUUUUAUAGUACGCCGUGCUAUCUCGUAAUAUGGGCUAUAUUGUGUCGCCAUCGAGCACGACGCUUUGAAUUCCAACAAGCCUUGAGAAAGUCUAUAUAAGCCGCUCUGAUCGCUUUGAUUUAGUUUAUCUUGAAUAAUAACCAGCCCCAACUGACAAACCGUUAUCCAUCUUUCAACUUCAUACCAUCCUCAACAAUGGCUAACCUCCGCCGCCUCGCGCUCUUCAUCGGAGCUCUGCUCCCUUCCGUUUUUGCCGCUCCUACUCCUGCCGCUCAGCAGAAGCGUGAGAUCAUCCCCGGCAAAUACAUCGUUACUCUCAAGGAGGGUAUCAGCAACGAGGACUUCAAGUCUCACUUGAACUGGGCUCGCGAUGUCCAUGCCCGAAGCUUGGGCAAGCGUGACACUGUCGGUGUCUCGCACGAGUACCAAAUCCACAACUUCAGCGCUUACGCUGGCGAGUUCGACGACGAGACUCUUGAGCAAAUCAAGAACAGCGCUGAUGUCGCCGAGAUUGAGGAGGACCAGGUUUGGCACCUUUACGAUGAGGCUCCCGAAGUCUCCAAGAGAGCUCUCACUACCCAAACCGGAGCCACAUGGGGUCUUGGAACUGUCUCUCACCAGGCUUCUGGCUCCACUUCCUAUGUUUACGAUAGCUCAGCUGGCCAAGGCACUUUCGCCUACAUCAUCGACACCGGUCUCCUUACUACCCACCAGCAAUUCAGUGGCCGUGCUUCAGUUGGCUACAACGCCGUUGGUGGCAGCGAUGACGAUGCCGUAGGUCAUGGUACUCACGUUGCCGGUACUAUCGGAGGUUCCACCUACGGUGUUGCCAAGCAAGCUACCAUCGUUGCUGUCAAGGUCUUCCAGGGCGAGAGCAGUUCCACUUCAAUCAUCUUGGAUGGAUACAGCUGGGCUGUUAACGACGUCACCAGCAAGGGUCGUCAAAGCAAGUCCGCUCUCAGCUUGUCUCUAGGUGGUGGCUUCUCUUCUGCCUUCAACAAUGCCGUCAACUCUGCUUACAGCUCUGGUGUCCUUUCCGUCGUCGCCGCCGGUAAUAGUGCUACUGAUGCUGGUCAAACCUCGCCCGCCUCUGCUGCCAAUGCUCUUACCAUUGGUGCUAUUGACAAGAACUGGGCCAUCGCUACCUACUCCAACUAUGGCUCGGUCGUCGAUGUUUUCGCUCCCGGCACUGACGUCCUUAGCUCUUGGAUCGGUUCCAACACUGCCACUAACACCAUCUCUGGUACUUCCAUGGCUACCCCCCACGUCACCGGUCUCUCCCUUUACCUGAUCGCCCUUGAGGGUCUUUCCACCCCCGCUGCUGUCACCAACCGCAUCAAGGCUCUUUACACCACCGGUAAGCUUACCGGUAUCCCAAGCGGUACCGUUAACGCCGUCCUAUACAACGGAAACGGCGCUUAAAUCAUGUGAUCUCUUAUUAAUCAACCCAACUCAAUCCUAGAUUGAGGUGGUAACUAAGGAGACUAGACCUAUCUUGCAUUAGGAAAGAUGAUUGGAUAAUACGCUUUGAUUUUGUUGAAUCGCCCUUGGGUAAUGGAUGUUAGACGUUACGUGGGAUGUAUCAUGUGGCGAGCAUUCAUCCAAGCGUUAGUUAGAAGCCGUUUUGAACAAUCCAAUUUUUGGCUUUCCAGUCUUUUCAUACCAUCCGUGCCCUUAUCUUCGCAUAUUACACGCUACCUUCACAUGCCUACCUAGGUACCUACAUACAUAUGUAAGUAGAUACAUGCCAGAUACAUACCAGGUAUACUUAACUCAACUCCUU